AAAUUGAUGCUGUUUACCCACACUGACUACGCAGCCCUGAUUUGUUAUUUAUGCCCUUCUCGGAACCAAACUGACCCAUUUGGGCUGUGUUGCUACUAAUGGAAGUGGUUGGGGGCAGGGUGAAGCCGAGCAGCAGCUGAAGUCUGAAGUGGCCUCAUCAAGGCUUUGGACCUCAGCGCCGUUUAUUGUCAACAAGGAGACACUUCAGCUUGCAACAGCAGCAGUGUCUGAUGAGGAGUUCUGCUGGCUGUUUUCAUCUGGAAAGCUGUGCUUUUUUCAAAUUUAGAUACUCCUUACGCCUUUCUCCUGCGAAGUUUGAUGUGGAUUUUUAGAAAACAACUGCUCAACUAAGGGACUGGAAUAACAGCUUAUGGUUCACCUCCUACAGGAUAUUUGUUUCAUUUAUUCUGUGAGGACUAAACGUUGGAUUUUCCUUGACUAAAAGGUAAAAAGCUACGCUGCUUUUUGUUUCUUUCUGAGUAAUCAAGCAUCACUAUUUCACCCUUGCUGUGACAGGAUACACUCGUGGCAGCAUCAGUGGCACUGAAUCCAAGUAUCAGGUUGUAUCAGUCUGAUCCAUCUAGGUAAGGCUACACCAAACCAGGAGUGUGACACUGAAAUACAUUGCAGCUCAACAAUCGGGUCGCUGAGUUUGAACCAGAGCUGAAGCCAAGGAACCACUUCCACAAGAAACAUAAAAAGCCUGGCUGAGAUCCAUUUCAUCCACAAAGGCCUGGACCGUGAAGCCUGAUCGAUCUGGCUUCUGCGGGCUGCCACAGGUGACUGCACUGCUAUCGGCUGCUCAAUAAUAAAUUGACUCAAGCUCAGGAAUGAAAAGGAGGAGAAAGUGAGUGGACCUCUGAUCCUUUGGUAAGGUGGAUGGCUGUUUAGAGAAAGCAGUUACAUCUGGAUAACACACUUAUUGAGGACACGUGUAAGUGAAAACUGAGCAGAUGUUGAAGAGGAAAAGAAAUAUGACUGCUGACAAAGUGACACUGGGUCAAAGACCGUAGGAAGCUUGGCUAAGCCGGACAGGAAGGAUAAUAAGUGAGCCAAAAAAGUAGACUCUGAAGAUCAAAAAGAAGCAUAACCAAUAAAAUAAGACCUCCCCAAAAACGCAACUGUAGUAAACAAAGAGGAACCACACAAAGGAGCUCAUCAUGGUGAACACUGGCAUGCAGCUGAUCAGCUUCACCUGUGCAGUGACUGGCUGGAUCAUGGCGAUCGCCGUCACGGCCUUGCCUCAGUGGAAGGUCACGGCCUUCAUCGGCAACAACAUCCUGACCUCAGAGAUCAAGUGGGAAGGCAUCUGGAUGAACUGCAUCUACCAGACCACUGGGCACAUGCAGUGUAAGACAUACGACUCCAUGCUGGCCUUGCCUCCGGACAUCCAGGCGGCCCGCGCCCUCAUGUGUCUGGCUAUCUUCAUGGGCUGGCUCUCCUGCACCGUGUCCUGCUGCGGCAUGAAGUGCACCACCUGCGCUGGGGACGACCGUCGUGCCAAGGCGGGUAUCGCGCUCUCAGGCGGCGUUCUCUUCAUUCUGACGGGCCUGUGUGUGCUGAUUCCCAUUUCCUGGACUGCUAACACCGUCGUCCAGGAUUUCUACAACCCCAAAGUGCCCAUAAUGCAUAAAAGAGAGCUGGGUCAGGCUAUUUAUCUAGGAUGGGCAUCUGCAGUUAUUCUUAUGAUCAGUGGAGCUGUGUUGAGCAGUACCUGCCCCCUCAUGGAGAGGGAGGGCAGGUACCGCAGGGGCUACAUAGGCCGGAGCUUUGCUAAUUCACCCGCUUCAGCACCAGAUCCUCCAAAACUUAUAACAUCUAAUAGUGUACCAUUGAAGGAGUAUGUAUAGGAGGUGGAAGAAGACACACCAGCAGAGGAGAGGGAAGGAGGUAAAGAGUAGAUGCUAUUAAAAACUGAGUAACUCUUGUUCUUUCCUAAAUUUACCAUCAAGUCUGUGAAUUUUAAGCUAUACAUUGA